AUGGUGGCAGCAAAGCAAGUGGAAAGUCGCUGGAGUCAGAUCAAUUCUAGGCUCCAACUGGUUAUGGCAAGUGGAAAGCAUGUGCUGGGGUACAAGCAGACUCUGAAAAUGAUCAGACAAGGCAAAGUGAACCUGGACAUCCUUGCCAACAACUGCCCAGCCUUGAGGAAAUCUGAAUUAGAGUACUCCACCAUGUUGAUCAAAACUGGCGUCCAUCACUACAGCAGCAAUAAUAUUGAAGUGGACGCAGUGUGUGGAAAAUACUACAGAGUAUGCACACUGGCUCUCGUUGAUUCAGGUGAUGAUUAG